AUUUAUGACAAGAACAUGGACCUCGACAGCAUAGAGGGGCUAAAUGAAGUGCGUCCAGCUGUGUACCGCGCUGCUCUGAAGCUUCGCUCUCUGCAGAAACUAUGUCAGCUGCAUACUAUGACUCAGCCGGAGCUGAGCCUCGCUCUUCAAGUCUUUAGUCAGUCUGCCGACCUGCAAACACAGCUCUCCGCAGCCGAGGUGACACGGGGCCUGGGGCGACUUUUCCAGAGUGUGCCAGAGGAACUUCCUGCUCAGGUCGUGGCGGAUGCAAUCGACCAGACUACGAGAGUCCUCUUCAAGCUGUACGACAGGGAGCAGACGGGGACUGUGGCGCUCCAUUCAGUGGAGGCAGCCCUGACUGCUCUUUCUGGAGACCCACUCAUCGCCAAAUAUAGAGCUCUCUACCAGUUGGGGGAGAGCCUGAGUGGUCGUCUAGGCAACGAGAGCAGCAUAGUGACCCGCAGUGGACUGAGGACUCUACUGCAUGACCUCAGCCAGGUGCCAGCUGUGGUGCAGGAGAGCCAUGUGUUCGGCCAAGUGGAGACCGCCGUCAGGUCAUGUUUCACUGGGGUGUUGACUGCAGGUGUGUGUGAGGAGGUCUUUGUCCGCUGGCUGCAUUCGGAGCCUCGUCUGCUGCUGUGGUUCUCUACCCUCUACCGGGUCUCCGCCAGUGAGGCCGUGGUACACGCCGUACGCUGCCGUGCCUGCAAGGCCUUCCCCAUCACCGGACUCAGAUAUCGCUGUCUGAAGUGUGUCAACCUGCACCUGUGUCAGACGUGUUUCCUGACGGAGAGGCGCAGCAAGAAGCACAAGCCCUCUCAUCCAGUCCUGGAGUUCUGUUCCCAGCCAACAUGGAAGGAGUCUUUAUCCUCUUUGGCAUCUAAUGCUCGCCAUGCCCUGCUGCCCCGACGCUACACGAGGAGGGAGGCGGAGAGGAGACGCAAGCUCAGCCGAGGGGAGGCCAGCAGUGACCCAGCGCACAUCCCUCAUGCAGGGUCUCCUGCGGAUGAGAAGCAGCUGGGUGGUUUGCAGCCUUCCUGUGACUUGGUAAACACAGCCAGCUCAAUACCACCAUCACCACCACCGCUUUGUCCAUCGCAUUGUCCACCACCUCACCUGCCAUCCUCGGCCAGUUCUCCUCCACCUCCUCCCCAUCCUGCCUCGCCUUCCCCCCCGGCCUCUCCUCGGGUACAGGUGGAGUCCAAAGGCCUGCAGACCGAGGAGGACAUGCAGACUCAGAGGAAAACGUCCCUUCUCCAGAAAGACCUGCAGGUCACACAGCAGGUGAUGAAGGAUCUACAGAGAGAUAAGUGGCUGCUGCAGCAGGAGUUCCAGGUGUGGCGCGUGGCGGCCCAGUCGGAGCACGACUCCCUGGAGGACAGGUGUGCAGAGCUGGAGGCCACCAUGACGGCCCUCAACCAACACAACCACAGCCUGGAGAAGGAGCUCAGGAGACUACGACAGACUUUGAGCCAAAGAGCGGGGAACUCUGGCGGUGACAUGCGUCCACCUUCCUCCCACGGGUCAUCAUCACUAGACGGUGGCGACGGUGCCGGAGGAUCUCAGAGUUCGCGCUCGCAAAGCCCCGCCUCACAACCGCCAUCCAUCGAGGAGGACGGAGGAGAGACGAUACACCAUGAGCAGCCUGCACUGGAGAACCUGGAUGUGGAAGAUGACAAAGAGGAGGAGGAGGUGGAAGAAGAGGGGUCCGGGAAGUGUUUCCAAGGAGAGGAUGAUUCCGAACUUUCUCUGAGGUCAGAGCUCUCCUCCUGCUGUGAUGAUGUCACUGAAGCCAGAGAGUUGACCUCUGACCCUGAGCAGAAAUGUGGGGAGGAGGAGGAAAGGAAAGAAGAGGACCUAAAGGAAUAUACAGAGAAAGAGGUGGAAGUAGAGAAGAAAGAGAAGGAGCCGUGUCAGGCUGUGAGGAAGUGAAGUCCAUGAAUAAUUGCGAGGAGGAUUUGGGAGACAACGCAGUCUCAGACUGUGAGGAGAAGAAGAAGAAAAACUGCAGUACAGAUCUGGAGGAGGUGAAGGGUGGAGGGAAGCUGGAAGGGUACCGGCAAAGCGGGUUAGUGGAGGAGGAAGAGGAGGGGGAUGGAGACGCGGAAGAAGAGCAGCUCUGUGAUCUGGUGCUGAGGCUCAAGACGUCUUUGGCCUUGCCCGCGCACGCAGUUGGUUCACAGAAGAGAGACGUGCUCUUGGCUGCGGCUCAAGGCGUUGGACUCUCCGUGUCAAAUCUCGUCUCCAAGGCGAACUUCUGCCCUGAAGAGGCGACACCUCUGAAGCAUUCCGGGCUUCAGGAUCAAUCUUUUUUACCGUGUGCAGCACAUGUGCCAAGCCAAUGAUGUGCCGUAGCCAGGGAAUAGGACGCCCAGGGGUGGGCAAACUAAUAAGCGUGGGCCAAAUGCGGCCCUCUACUCUUUUUCAUGUGGCCCACCAUUAAGUAAAAGGAAGAAAAAGAA